UUACGUUUCCUGGGUCCUGUUCUAUAAAAGAGGCUGUCAGCUCCUCAGUAGAAGUGGUAGGAGAGGAGCCCAGGACAGCCGCCGAGACCUCGAGAUUCAGGUACCAAGAGAUGUUUCUAGUUGGGAGCCUCGUUGUCCUCUGUGGGCUGCUGGCCCAGAGCUCGGCCCAGCUGGCAGGGCUGCCCUUGCCCCUGAACCAGGGCCUGCCCACAUCUGUGGGUCACUGCCGGCCCUUGCACCUGGACCAGAACCUGCCCACGUCUGUGGGUUACUGCCGGCCCUUGCACCUGGGCCAGAGCCUGCCCUACGGGGCAACCCCAGUCAUAUCCACAUAUCCUACAGACUAUCUUGCUAGAAACUUCAGAGAUGCUUUCAGCCAAGGCCUGCUGUCUGGGGGGAUUCUGGGCUUUCUGGAACACAUGCCUCUCCUGAGCUACGUGAGACCAGCAGGAAGCAAUGCUGGUGGCCUGGUCGGGGUGCUUGGAAAAGUGAUCUCAUCAAUCCCGAUCCUGAACAACAUCCUCGACAUAAGAGUCACUAAUCCCCAGCUGCUGGAAAUUGGUCUUGUGCAGAGCUAUGACUUCCACCGCCUCUACGUCACCAUCCCUCUGGGUUUUGAACUCAAAGUGAACACACUCGUGGUUGGAAGUCUGUUGGAGCUGGCUGUGAAGCUGGAUGUCACCGCAGAAAUCUAUGCUGUGAGAGACAUUUAUGGGAGGAGCCGUCUGGUCAUUGGUGACUGCAUUCACUCUCCUGGCAGCCUGCGAAUCUCACUGCUUAACAAACUCAGUCCCCUUCAAAGCCUGAUAGACAGCCUCACAGACGUCUUGACUAGAGUCAUUCCUGGCCUGGUGCAGGGUGUGGUAUGUCCUCUGGUCAACGGGAUUCUCAGCCUCUUGGAUGUCACCCUGAUGCAUGAUGUUGCUGACUUGCUGCUGCAUGGAGUACAAUUUGUCAUUAAGGCCUAAGCCCUCCAAGAAAGGCCCUGUCUCUGCUGAGAUGAACAAUUUCUUGCUGCUCUGUCCUCUUCCUCAUGCCCAGCUUCCCAUCGUUCACAGAAGGGGACCCAAGUCCUGGAAAAUGGCAUGGUCAUCUUCUCAAGGAACCUGCUCUCCUCCUCUCUCAGGCUUGAUGAAUAUUCUGUAUUCAUCACUAAAUAAAAUGGCUCUGCUUA